AAGUCCCUGCACUGGGACUUUGCCCUGGGGAGCUGAUGUUCUAGAAAGGAUGCAGUCAGUAAACAAGAUGAACAAGUAAGAUACAUGGUUUAUCAGACCAUGGCAGCUCUACGGAGCCACCGGAGAGAUGGGAAGGGUCAGUGGGGUGAGAUACUCUGUAGAGCUGCUGGCCCCAUUUCCAGUAUUAGCCAUUCAUUUGGUUGCAAGUGGCAGGAAUGCCCUCCUGAGCAACCAAAAAGCAAACGCUUGCUUCCUACCCGAGGCACAGAAUGCACUCCAGGUGUGGCCGAGUCCAGGGACUUGAAUUCUUCCUGUGAGAUGCCAUCUCACCCUGCCUCUAGGAUCUGCUUCCUCCUUCUCAGGCAGGCUGAUGGGCUCAGUCACCAGGCCAGGCCCAUCCCCAUUACACAGCGAGAGGAGGCAGCUAGGACCUCCAGGGAGGGGUCCUUUCAGGCAGAGAAGUGUGGUCAUACUCUGAGAAAGGGGGAAGGGGCCUGAAAAGGCUCCAUAAAAAUGGUGCCAGUUGAGAUGAGCAUGGAAGGAUGAGAUGGAGAUGCCAGCUGGGUGGGGGAAGUGCAUUCCAGGCAGAGGACAGCAGUGCAAAAGUAUGCAAAUUCCUGUAGUUUCCAAACUGUUGGGUGUUUGGUGGGAGCAGAAACAGACAAGUCCAGAGAGGUAGCCGGAGGCCAAACAUGAAGAGCCCUGAAUGCCAGACUGUUUUAGGCUCAGUCCCGCGGGCAGCAGAAGCUACGGAAGAAUUUAAAGCAGGGAAGGGCCACAGUCUCAUUUUCCUCCCUCGGUGAUAAAAUGGAAGGUGAAUGGUGGCAAGGAGGAAAACUAGAGGCAGCCGGAAGACCAGGGAGGAGCCGCUGUAUCACCAGCCAGCACCAGACGGGUGGCCUGGGGAAUCAAGUUGACGGGACUAAAAUAUGGAGGGUGAAGAGCCGGGGACUGGGAAAUUCCGGUGUCUGAUCCGAGGAUGUGGCUACCAGCGGGCUUCAGGCAGGUAUAAGGGAGGGAGAGUCCCCCAGCUCUCGGCAGCAGGCAGGAGACACUGGCGUUGCCAUGUCCGGGGAUUGGAAGACCCAUCGUCUUUGGAAUUCAACGUGGCCAAUUCUUGGAUGCCUCCAGGGAUGGGGAGCUCACCCCUUCAAUAGUUCUGACCUAAAUAAACUAUGGACUCAAAUUUAUGCCCUUAGAGUUAGGCACAGCUCAGUGCCCCUGUCCACACCUUGGGGGGCUCCCUGUACCCUGGGCCAGCCCUAGGAGAUUCGGGCACCUGACACUGUCUCCUUAAGUCUAUCCUUCCCCUGUCUCAACACUUGCUUCCUCUGACCAUGGGACAAGGACCCCUGAGGGUCCUGGGGAGGAUGUAGGUAUCACUCGGACACUAAGUAUCCACUCACAGAGGGAGAAAGGCAGCCGGGUCAGAUACUCUUCCCGUCUCUCGGACUGUGUCAAGGAGAAAGUCUCCAGGGGGCCAGGGCAUCUUAACAUCCUGGAUGCUGUCCUUGCCGAGCACAGAGAAGGCAGGCCUCCCCCGUGGGGCCUGGGGCCGCAGCAGCAGUCUCUGGUGAGAAUCUAAUGAUGCUGUCGGUUUCUGCUUUGGCUAUUUUGAUGUUGCAUUUCUAUUUCUGGCAAGUGAUGAUGGUUUGCCUUAUAUGGUGGGUCUUCAUCACCUGACAGAAUGCCAGCUGCAGGAUCCCAGCCCUGUGCUGGUGGCUGGGAGGCAGGGGGUGGGGGCGGACCCUGGGACUAUCCCACCGCCGGAUCUGUGGAGCAGGGAGCCCUGCUUAGCAGGACUGUUCUCAGAGGCUCCUCUGUGCAAACACUACCACCGCGAAUAAAUUACACCACCAGCCAGGAACGGCCCUCCCUGACCCUCUCCUCUUGCCCACUUCCCUCGCUGAGGAUAACCGUGUUGCCAGUGGAGGGUCCCCUUCUAGAACUUUCCUCUCCUGUAUGACAUAACGGGAUCGUGCCGUUUGCACUGUCACAUCCUGGUGCUGGUGGUUUUCAACAAUGGUAGAUUUUAUCACCUUAAUAGUUUCCUAGUUUUUGUGCAUAAUAUUCCAUAACAUGGAUGUUCUGUGACUCUCAGCAGCGGUCCACUAUUCCCAGAAACCCCAUGAUGCCUUGGAGGCAUAGCCACUAAGCCAGGUGAUUCUAAUGUGCAGCCAAGGUUGAGAACCACUGCACUAAGCCUUUGGGAGUAACAAGGUUAAAUAGGGGACCAGGUUAUCUGGGAAUCUUGGUUCAUCGCUCUCCCAAGAUUAGCUUCUUCCAAGUGGACUCCUGCAGUAGAAGGAGCGGUAAGGGAGCCCACGGAGCCCUCGCUGGGGCCAGGCCCGGUGCAGGGUCAUCCAGGGCUCGUCCAGCUGUCCUGUGAGAGGGCGGUCAGUGCUGCCGGGCCCCACAGAGGAAGAAGUGGGGGCCGGGACAGGGGCAGUCCUGCCUCCCGCACAGCGGGUUGGCCCCUGUCAGGCCCCACCGUGAUUCUCCAAAGGAGGGCUGCUCCACCUGAGGCCUCUAGAGCCACAGGGCAUCCUUCCCUCUGGCUCCAAUGUUCCCUUAAUGAUGAUGACGACCAUCGCGAUAUAGCGGUGGACAUAUUUGGAGCGCUGUCUCUGCACCAGGCACCAGCAGCCCUUUACAACGACAGGUGAACCCUGGCUUUCUCCAGGCCUGGCACUCCGGCCCAUCUCAGUCAGGAUGCCCACAAGGCGCUGGGCCCCAGGCACCCAAUGCAUCACCAAGUGUGAGCACACGCGCCCGAAGCCUGGAGAGCUGGCCUUCCACAAGGGCGACAUGGUCACCAUCCUGGAGGCCUGUGAGAGCAAGAGCUGGUACCGAGCCAAGCACCAUGCCAGCGGGCAGGAGGGGCUGCUGGCGGCGGGUGCGCUGCGGGAGCGUGAGGCCCUCUCAGCGGAUCCCAAGCUCAGCCUCAUGCCGUGGUUCCACGGGAAGAUCUCGGGCCAGGAGGCGGUGCAGCUGCUGCAGCCGCCCGAGGAUGGGCUGUUCUUGGUGCGGGAGUCGGUGCGGCAUCCCGGGGACUACGUGCUAUGUGUGAGCUUCCACCGCGAAGUCAUCCACUACCGCGUUCUGCACCGUGAUGGCCACCUGACCAUCGACGAGACCAUCUGCUUUUGCAACCUCAUGGAUAUGGUAGAGCAUUACAGCAAGGACAAGGGGGCCAUCUGCACGAAACUCGUGAAACCCAAGAGGAAGCAGGGGGCUAAAUCGGCGGAGGAAGAGCUGGCCAAGGAUGGCUGGUUACUGGACCUGCAGUAUUUGACCUUGGGAGCACAAAUCGGAGAGGGGGAGUUUGGAGCCGUCCUGCAGGGCGAGUACCUGGGCCAGAAGGUGGCCGUGAAGAACAUCAAGUGCGAUGUGACAGCCCAGGCCUUCCUGGAUGAGACAGCAGUCAUGACGAAGCUGCAGCAUAAGAACCUGGUGCGUCUGCUGGGCGUGAUCCUGCACCAGGGACUCUACAUCGUCAUGGAGCACGUGAGCAAGGGCAACCUGGUGAACUUUCUACGAACUCGGGGCCGGGCCCUUGUGAACACCCCCCAGCUCCUGCAGUUUUCCCUGCACGUGGCUGAGGGCAUGGAGUACCUGGAGAGCAAGAAGCUGGUGCAUCGAGACCUUGCUGCCCGAAACAUCCUCAUCUCUGAGGACCUGGUGGCCAAGGUCAGCGACUUUGGCCUGGUCAAGGCUGAGAGGAAGGGGCUGGACUCCAGCCGACUGCCCGUCAAGUGGACAGCGCCUGAGGCACUCAAACAUGGGAAAUUCUCCAGCAAGUCCGAUGUCUGGAGUUUCGGGGUGCUGCUAUGGGAGGUCUUCUCAUAUGGCCGGGCUCCAUACCCCAAGAUGUCGCUGAAGGAGGUGACAGAGGCUGUGGAGAAGGGGUACCGCAUGGAGCCCCCUGAGGGCUGCCCAGGCCCUGUCCACACCCUCAUGAACAGCUGCUGGGAGGCGGAGCCUACCCGCCGGCCAACCUUCCGAAAACUGGCCGAGAAGCUAGCCCGGGAGCUGCGCAGCGCGGCCGCCACUGGCCAUGUUGAAGGACAGGACGCUGAUGGCUCCACCUUGCCCCGAAGCCAAGAGCCUUGACCCUGCCUGGUGGGGCCAUGGGCCUCAGAGGACAGAGAGCGGCGGGGGCUCAGGGUGGGGACACCGGCCGGGCCUCAGGAGGCUUGGGCCAGCAAGCUGCCCACCUGGCUCACAGCACAGAAGCAGGCCCUUGUGGGGGGCUUGGGGCAGCCCCUGGAUACCACAGACCCCAGGAGAAGGAUUGGUGCCUCGAUAAAGACUGGUUCCAAGAA